AAGGCAAUGAGAGGUAGGUCAUGAACACUGAGACAUCCUCAGCACCUAAGACAUGGGCGGAAACUCACUGAAUACUGUUGCGUAAAGAUAUACAUCAAGUCUCUUGCUGCGGCAACGCGAGCGGGAGCACCAGGAGCCCGGGCUUGGAGCAGGACCAUAUGGCUUGUUUUAAGAAACUGGCAGACAAACCAGACAUGGGAGAAAUCGCCAGCUUUGGUAAGGCCAAGCUGAAGAAAACGGAGACACAGGAGUUGAACACCCUGCUGACCAAAGAGACCAUUGAGCAGAAGCAGAGUGAAAUUUCCUAAGAGCCUGGAGGAUUUACUGCCCCUGUCAUCUUCGAGAUCCCAGUCCUGAUGUGGAGGAAGAGCCACCUGCAAGAUGGACACGAGCCACAAGCUACACUGUGAACCUGGGCACUCCGCACUAAUGCCACUGGCCUGUGG